AUGGAAUUAUAUCUUUUAUCUCUGUCGGUGGUCUUCUUUCUGGAAUUAUCUUUAAAUUUUCUUCUUCUUUUUUUUUUGACAGGUGGAAACAUUUGCAUAAAACAAGAAACACGUCCGUAUAUAUCUCACGUACCAUAUGGACCCUAUGGACCCCCACAUCAAUAUAAUUACGGUUGUUUUACUACAACCCCCCAACCAACAUGUUUUACAAGAUAUUCACCAAAUCGUGAUAAAACAACAACAACAACAUUUGAUGAAACAGUAUCGAGAUCAGCUUUUUUUAAUAUUUCACAAUCUUGUUUUAGAACACCUCCACCAUCUUUGUGCGAAACUCAAUCUAAUAUUGCUCAUCACGUGACCGUUAAAAAAGAACCUUUGGAUCAAGGGUACGAACACAUGCAGGAUAUACCAAUCGUUCAACAGCACAAUGUCUUUGUUAUGUAA